CCCAGAAGAUGGACAACUUGGGUCUGGCCAACGUAUUGUAGUACAGCAGACGUCAAUGGUACAGAGGUCGCCUCGUGUCCGAGUCCGACGAGGUGGCUGCUUCCAGGACGGUAUUCCUCGCUUCCGCCGUCAUGUUAGCGGCAAUCCUAUCCGCGACUUCCGUUUCCGAAGCCCGGCUAUGAGACCCUGACACAGUUCAGUUAUCCGUCUUCACUUUCUUUGGCCCCCUUACAAUCCUCUACUUCCUUCACACCAUGCUUGCACUAACAGGCACAACAGGCAGGAUCGGCGGUGCCACCCUCGCCGCCAUUCUCAAAUACGACCUCAUCUCCCCCUCCGAGCUCGUAAUCCUCACCAGCUCCUCACCCUCGUCCCAACCCUCCAGCUACGCCCAACUAGCGGAAUCCGGCACCCGUAUCCUCCAAGCCAACUAUGACGACCCUGACUCUCUCACCAAGGCUUUUGCAGAGGCUAAAGCCGACCGGUUCUUCCUCGUCUCCACGCCUGCGAUUCAGAUGGACUUUAAUGACGCUCCGCACGGUCAGGGAAGGGAAAAAGCCCACUUCAGCGCAAUCGAUGCUGCCGUCGCUGCGGGCGUAAAGCACAUCUACUAUACCUCUCUUGCUUUCGCUGAUGGAUCUCAGGCAGGCGUAAUGCGCGCUCACUUUCGUACAGAGGCCUACUUGAAGAAGUUACGCAGUGAGGGUAAAGUUGGCUAUACCUUUAUUCGCGAGGGCUUGUACAAUGAGAGCUGGCCUCUGUAUCUGGGUCACUACAAGCCAAAAGGAGACGAGAGGGAGGAGAUCGUAGUGGCUGGAGAUGGACCCGUAAGCUGGACGAGUGUGCAGGAUUUGGGCAUCGGGACUGCCACCAUCAUCACUGAUCGGACGGACAGGUGGAAGGACGCGACGAUGUUCCUCUCGCUUCGACACAGCCUGACCCUCAAAGAGUCUCUCGCCAUAGUCGACGGAAAGAAGUCUCUCAAGGUCGUCAGCAGCGAGGAGUACAUUCGUCACUACGAAGAGGCUGGAAUGCCGAGGGCCAUGCUGGAAUGGUGGUGCACCACCUACCCGAGCCUGGAAGCCGGGCACGCACGCAUACAAGACGGUACACUGGAAGAGAUUCUCGCGGCGAAGGGGAAGAAGCCCGACGAGUUGGCAGAGACUGUAAGAGCCAUGAAGGCAUAGAAAUAAAACGUAUUCACCAGAAGCAGAGUGUCAAAAAUCUACGUAGCCACGUUCCGUGCUCCGCGAAGCAAAAAUGA